UUGUAUUGUGAAAAGCCUUAGCAGGCCCGACAAACAGGCAAGCCCAAAGCGUAUUGAGAACGCAAAUAGGGGGUUUGAUGCCCCCCCAAAGAACGUGAACAACCGAAACUCGGUUAAGGUUUUGGUCUCAACGAAAGGAAAGCUCCUUCAAUUCGAUUCAAAGACUUGGAAUAUUCAGAGGUACGGAGGAAGGGCUUAAAGCAACAAUGGAGGAAGAGAAGCAGGGAAAGGAGAUCAACAAGUACAGUAUAAUUGUUCCUACCUACAACGAGCGUCUCAAUAUUGCACUCAUCAUCUACCUCCUUUUCAAGCAUCUCAAGGAUGUUGAUUUUGAGAUAAUUGUUGUGGAUGAUGGGAGUCCUGAUGGUACUCAAGAAAUUGUAAAGCAAUUGCAGCAGGUUUACAGUGAAGAUCGCAUUGUAAGUGGCUACUGUUUGACGUUUAUUGACUAUUGGUUUUGUGAUUGUCAUAUCCAGGUUCCAAUUACCUUUGUGGAUAGAGUUUUUGGAAGUUCGAAGCUUGGAGGAUCCGAAAUUGUAGAAUAUCUGAAAGGUGUUGCUUAUCUUUUGGUCGCAACCUAGAGAUUCAGUCUGAGUCUAACAAAUUAAAUACUACUUCUGGAUUUUUGUUUUCCAAAUUUAACAGCUAACAGGAUACAAGAGCGUUCAAGAGUUCAAAUAGAUUAUAACAUGGUUUCAGCAACUAAUUUUAUGAGUUUUGACAACUAAAGCACUGUAGUUAAAUAGGGUGAUGGUGAGACUUCUCAAUUGAUUUGUAUUAUGUGUUUGAUAUCAAAGACUGAUACCUACCUUUCUCUUCUGAAAUGAAAAUCUUUCAUUAUUAGGUAAA